AUGGUGAAAGAAUCUGCAAGGAAGUGCUCUCAUUGUGGGCACAAUGGGCACAACUCAAGAACAUGCAAUGGGAAGGGCUGUUUUAAGCUCUUUGGCAGAAUGAUUGUGGUAGAAAAAGAUGAAUCAAUUAGGAAAAUCAAGAGCACCGGCAAUCUAGCAAUGUGUCAUGACGCUGGCGAGCACGUUUCCGGCGAUGCCGGAUACCUCUCCGAUGGCCACAUUGAAUCGGGGAGGGGUAAAGGAGAGAGAAAAAGAGGUUCAGGAGUGCCAUGGACUGAGGAUGAACACACGUCCUUCUUAUUUGGUUUGGAGAAGCUAGGGAAGGGUGAUUGGAGAGGGAUUUCAAAGAUGUAUGUGACCACAAGGACCCCAACUCAGGUGGCUAGCCAUGCACAGAAGUAUUUCAUCAGGAAGGCUGCAACUGAAAAGAAGAAACGUCGAUCGAGCCUCUUUGACAUGCCCUUAAAAGAACCGGCUAAUUCUCAUCCAGUUUCCCCUGGUUUGCCUUCUAAUACAAAUGUUGAAACCUCAGAGAAUCAACAUGUAAAGCUUUUAUCUAGUGGUAACUCCAUAGUGUCUCCUCUGAAAAUGACACUUGAAGUCCAAGCAAAGGCCAGUACAUCAUCAGUUCAGGUUUCAAACACCUUGGAAUCACCAAAAUUUACACCCACAGCUGCAACUGGUGGAAUGCCUGAUUUUCGUUGUAUGCCAUACAUGGUGGGAAUCCCCAACAAUAUGCCGAGCUUUGCAGCUACAAAACCUGUAUCAUUUGUUUAUCCCAACAACCAGGGUUUUGUGUAUCUCCCUAGAAACAAUACAAAUUUUGCUACUACUUGUGCACCUUUUCUGUCUCAAUUGGGGUGA